AUGGGUCCAUCUAGUUCAUCUUAUACACUACAAGUGAGUUUCCUCAAUGUGGAGUCACAGAGGUACAUUUCGGACUCCUUACCUCUUCCGGUUCCCAAAUUGGUCCAUUUGAUGUUCCUCCCUUGGAUUGAGACCGUUUCACUCAUGUUUGUCCUCAUAGUCAUGGAGAACCUAUUAAUCCAUGUUUGGGUAAGUAUGGGUCCAUCUAGUUCAUCUUAUACACUACAAGUGAGUUUCCUCAAUGUGGAGUCACAGAGGUACAUUUCGGACUCCUUACCUCUUCCGGUUCCCAAAUUUGGUCCAUUUGAUGUUCCUCCCUUGGAUUGA